CCGCAGAUCAAAGAGUUUCGAGCUGAAGUCGACAUCAUGAGCCGCAUGCGACAUGUCAAUAUCGUUCAAUUUGUCGGGGCCUGCACCAAGGCGCCCAACCUGGCGAUCGUGACGGAAUAUCUGCCCAAGAUGUCCCUCUAUGACGUUCUUCGUACAGAGCCGCUGGACUGGACCCGCAAGCUCAGCGUGGCGAGUCAGGCUGCCGCUGGGAUUCUUUACCUGCACCACAGGAAGCCGCCGGUGGUACAUCGAGACAUCAAGUCGGACAACUUCCUGAUCGACCUCAACUACAAUGUUAAGGUCUGCGACUUUGGUCUGGCGAGGUUUCGCACAAAUGCGACUCACGUGGCGACGAGUCACAACCGAGCAGGAACGCCGGGAUGGAUGGCUCCGGAGGUGCUCCGAGGAGAGAAGUUUGAUGAGUCGUCGGACCUUUACUCCUUCGGCGUCGUCUUGUGGGAGAUGCUCACACUAGAGCAGCCAUGGAGGGACGUGGAUCCUAUGCAGCUUCCGGGCAUCGUUGGGUUUCAAGGAAGGAGACUUCGACUGCCUCCCACGGCUCCUCCUGGAUGGUAA